UUGAACAUGGCGUAGAAGCGCAUUGUGGUGUUUAUCGUCCUGGGAUUUAAAGUCAGUUGCUCCAAAGAAGAUAAAUUACAUAAUCUCAAUUUGACAAGUAACAGCUACGUUCUUACAGUAUGGGAGGUCAUGACGCGCAUCAUAAUGCUCCCCCGUACAAAAUACCAAGCCCCGAUAUUUACAAAGUGGAAAAUGUACCAGAAUUGAAACGCGUUCAAGAAAAAUUGGCCAAGAGAGGACUGAGGGAUCCUUGGCUGAGAAAUUACGUGUGGCGUUACGACAGAAGCCAGUCAACUUACAUGCGCGCUUUAGUAACUUUAACCAGAGGCUGGCGAAUUGGUGUACCAGCGUUCCUGAUAACCAUAGCCGUUGAACAAUAUUUUGGGAUUGAUUAUUCUGGUCAUGGAUCUCAUCAUGGGGACGACCAUCAUUAAUGGUCGCUAUUAAUACGACGAAAGAUUUCUCCUAACGUUGCAUUUAAUGAUUAUUAAGAAUAAUUGCGAUAUAAUAACCGUCGCUAUACAGGCGAAAAUGUAAGAGUUAUAC